GGAGUUAUGGAAAACUGCGUCACUCUGACCAAAUCGGUUUCACCUCCCUGCCUUGUUGACAGAGGAAGGAUGUUGCACAUGGCUCGGUUCUGAUGGGACUCCGGCUCACCACAGCUACACUUUUGAAUCCGAACGCCCUGGAGAAGCAAGGACCGAUCAAGACGCGUUUACGUCAUGGAGACAUAGUCGGGAUUUAUUUCUGCUUGUUGCUGCGGCUGCUGCCUAAAAUGAACCUGCGAUGGGUUUGAUGGAGCUGACUGGCGUCGGAGCUUCGCAUCAAUGCCUUUCAGACCUUUUUGAAUAUUAGGAACAUCCUUUCUGCCGCAUGAUGGAUGGAAAUCAAAGUAACUACUGGGGCCACCAAGAACUGCACGGAGUGUGCUUCGGCCUGAGCGCUGACAUAGACCACAACCUGACGGAGCUUCAGCAACAACAAACGGCCAGGGAGUUUAACUCCACCCGGUUUCCUGCUUUCUACUCUGAUGCUUACCGGCUAACGUUGGGUAACUUUCCGCAUCCCUGCGAGGGAGACCAGGUGGUCCCUUCGUCCCAGAGAAGAGGCCGCCAGAAAGAGGCCAAACCCCUCCCUCCUUUGCCUGACCCUGAGGACUUUAUGUCAGAUGAAGCUGCAGACAGUGAAGUCGAAUUCUUUACCAGCGACCGCCAGCGCCUCCUGCCCAAAAGCUGCUCAAAGGCGAUAACCAGAACCAGCAACAAAAACUGUGGUCAGGUGAAUUUUGCCUACCAGGGGGGCUCACUGGGGAUCAGGCCUGCUGGAUCCGACUCCAUCGUUUUCUCCUGGCCAAGCAGAGAGGACAGACCGCUGGGCAGAGGAAGCAGAAUUGCAGCAAACUUUGAUCAAUUUGCUCACGAGAAAAGAGACAACCAGCACGAGGUGUCUUCUGUUGGAGGCAAACUGUCAGACCAAGCCCAGCCAUCCUCCAGAAACCGAUUUUCCUGUUCAGGUCUUCCUUCUGAUGCCCAUAUGAGUUGUCUGCCCGUCCUCCCUGAAAAACCUCGAAUUCCUCCUCGCAUCCCCAUCCCGCCCAAACCCUCUGCUUCCUCAAAACCAGCGAGCGACAACGACGACGAAAAGCCCCCCAAGGUUCCCCCACGCGUCCCCUUGGUGCCGCCCUGCCCGCCGCGCACCCCGAGCCCCAAAAGCCUCCCGAUUUACAUCAACGGCGUGAUGCCCGUCACGCAGAGUUUCGCUGCUAAUCCAAAUUAUGUGAGCAAGACCGUACAGAGGCAGCAGAGUGAAAGGGCCCUGCCGGAGGCACAGUUUUCUCCCUGCAUCGUUCCCAUUUUGAAGGACGGCAAACAGGCCAGCGCCACACACUACAUCCUGCUGCCGCCGGGGCGGCACGCUCACGCCGAGAGGCGGGGAAGGCUCCUGAGCGAGCCCAACAGGACGGGAUGUGUGUGGCAGAAAAGAUAGACAUCCUUCCAACGAGUAAUGCAAAGCAAGUGACUGACAUUAGGCAUGGGCCAGUAAAACUGUCUUAUGGCAUAAUUUUUAGUUAAAGACAAAAAAUAAAACAGUGUCAUGGUAUUAAUAAGAAAAAAAAAAGGUUUUAAGAGCUUCUUAUGGAGAGUAUAAUACGUUUUUGACAUUCUUUAUAGAGUAACACUUGGAGUCUGUUAAACUGAUUGUGUGCUGUGAAUACACUUUAAAAAAAUACUGAUUUGCAAAAUGUUACAAUCAAGGUGUGAUGUGGAAAAUAACAGCCAAGAAUACCAGUUAGGUGUAAUUCAGUGUAAACCUACCUAAUUUAAAAAGCAGUGUUUGAAUUGAAAAUGAGAAAAAAAAAAGAAAAAGUCAGCCGACUGGUCGUGCAUGUCAACAAGCAGCAGGAGAACAUGACCCGUCCAGUAUUUCUCUCCAUUCUCAUUAAAUGAAGAGAAAUACUUCAUUUAAUGAGUAUCGCCUUCUUCGUCAAACAUCAGCCACAACACCCUGAUAAGCCACAGGAACGGUGCGACAGGAACUUCUAGCGUUAACGGUUUUAAACCAAGCUAUACCUUGAUACCAGCACUGACCUAUGCCUAAGCCACAUUGUUGUGUACAUGACACACUGCUGUACGUAUGUCGCUCGUUUAUUUUAUUUUGUGUGGUUUUAUUAUGUGUGGUUUCACUGUGAUUUGUUUUUGACUGAAUUUCCUACCGGUCAGUAUUUUUAAGAGACAUUUUUACUGUUCAACCCUACAACAAUAAAGUACGGCACUCAGUAUUUCUUUAGCAGUGGAGGAAACACACUUACCUCAUUUCACAUUUUUCACUGAGAAGUAUUUCUCAAUUAAUUACAAAGUCAUCCUGUUUUUUUGUUGUUUUUUUAGUUAGUUUAGUUUAAAUGAACAAAACUCGUAGUUACUACCCACAUAUUGAUAUAUUUCAUGUUUGUUUCUGUUCGUAAUUAGAGGUUUUAAUUAACUAAGCCAGAAUGAUCAAAAUAAUAAAAAGAAAACAUUUCAAAUAUAUCACUAUGUGUAAUGACGGUUGAUUACCUUUUCUAAACUGAUAUUCUAGUUUAUUGAGAUAUACUUGUCCUGCAGGUUUUUUUUUAUGUGUAAUUACUGAGUAGUGCUUAUUUCAAAGUUGUGCUAAUGUCACUAAAACCAUCCACCAGCCUGAACCAAUACUGUUUUCCUUAAAAGAGAGCACAUAAUCAAAGGUACAAGCGAGGCUUGUGCCUUUGUUCUGAUUGCACAAGUUGUUGUUUUAUACUCACAGAUGUAAUAUUUUCAGAUCAUUUUAAACAUUUGGACUGAUGCUAAGUGUGACAGUGAAGGGUAUGUUUGGUGAACACAUCCUAUUAUCAGAAGAGACCUUUAAGUGUUUUCUUUCAUUAUUUUCACGUUUUGAUUUGAUCAAUUUGCCCAUUUCAAAUUUUCAACAGAUCUUAAGAUGAAACAAUCCGACUUUUAAUUUUUGUCGCACACAUUCCAACCAGAACACAUUAUAUUAAAAGACAUAAUUAGACAUCUGAAUACAUAAACCCACACCUAAAGUUCAAAUGAAAUAUAAUCAAGGAAUCGCUUCACUUAGUUUUUUUUUAAAUAUAUCCUAAUUCCCUUUAGGUCUUCCGCCUAUUAUUUAAUUUUUCCAGACAAAGGAGGCCUACUUAGCUCGAAUCAGAUUUCACAUUUAUGAUAAUUAUUCCCACAUGUACAUUUUUUGUCAGCAUUGGUUCAGUUGGCAUGGUAACUGCCCGUGUUGGAUUUAUUUUUACAGAGAUUUGUGGAUGAAAUCCAGUUACGUUUACACUGUUGAAGUUCAGACUCACGUUUACAACCUUUGUUACACCGACUUCAUGAAGUUCUUAUAAAGGUUCAACAUGGAUUCAGGCCCUUGAAAGGCUGCAAAUUGUAAUAUUGUUUUAUGGUCUAUUUAAUGAAAUAAAUAACUUAUUCAUUGUGUAA